AUGUUGCUUUUAUUCUUUCUCGUUUUUGUAUUAUUCUCACAAAUAAAUGUAAUAUUUACACAUUGUGAACAAAAUCCAUUAUGUCGUUUAAGUAAUGAUUCAACGAUAAUGAUAUGUGAUUCUAUAUUUGGUAGUCAAAAUGAAAGUAGUCUAUCUCCUAUUAUAUCAUGUCUUCCAACUGCUAAAAUAUAUUUAUUUCGUAAUUUUGAACAAAUUCCAUCACAUACUUUUCAAAAUGUAACAUUUCCAGAAAAUCAAUCAUUUAUUAUUAAAUUAAUUAAUAUAUCAAUAAUUGAUACGGAAGCAUUUUCAAAUUCAUUAAUUAUUCCUCGUAGUUCAAAAUUAUCAAUUGAAAUUGGUGAAUUAGAUAGUUUAACAAGUAUAAGAUUAAAAUCAAAUGCAUUUAAUAAUAUUAAAAUUGAUCAUUUACAUUUUUUUAAUUUUAAUGAUUUUAAUGGACAUUCUAUAUUUGAUACAGAUUGUUUUGGUAAUAAUUUAGAAAUUAAUAAACUUACAUUUGAACAAUGUAAUAUAAUUGGUUUUUCAAAUAUUAUUUCAAAAACUGUAAAUGUUUAUCAUUUAUCAAUUAAAAGUUCUUCUAAUUUAAUACAAUUAACAGAUAAAAAUUUACCAUUAUUUUUAUCAACAUCAAAAUCAUUUGAAAUAUCAAAUACUAGUCUAGAAAUUAUUAAUCCACAUACAUUUCAAGCAUGGUCACUUGUACUUGAAGAAUUAAUUAUAUCGAAUAAUUUAAAUUUUGAAAUUUUUCCAUUAAUGAUUAUUGAUGGUGUAUUAAUGAAAUUACAUAAACUUGAUUUAAGUUAUAAUUCAAUAAAAAUUCUUGAUGGAAAUUAUGAUUGGUUUGCAUAUAGUUAUACAAAAUAUUUAUUAUUACGAAAACAACAACUUGAUCUAUUUCUUAAAACAAAUAUUUUAAAAACAUUAACAUUCUUAGAAAAAAUUGAUUUUUCUGAAGGAUUUAUUAGUGAUGAUAAUAAUAAUGAUGAUUUAAUUAAAAAUUAUUUUCCAAAUAUGUCACAUUUAAAUUCAAUUGAUAUUUCAUAUACAAAUCUUUCCGAAAAUAUGAUUAUUGAUUUACUUACAUCUAUAAGUAAAAUAGCAAAUCAUUUUAUAACUAUUGGUUUAUAUGGUCAUACAUUAAGUAAUAAGAAUUUUUGUUCUUAUUAUAAAAUAUUUAAAAAUGCACCUAAUUUACUUCAACUUGAAUUAGAUAAAACACAUGAAUGUAAUUGUGUUAUUGAUUUAUUUUAUAGUAAUCAAUUGCGAGAAGAAAUAACUAAUUAUUCUCUAUUACAACCAACAUGUUUAUUUAAUUCAACACGAAUGCCUUGUAAUAUUGAAAAACAAUUAUCAUUAUCAAAUUGUACAAUUGGUGGACAACAUGUUGAUGAAUCAAAUACAGAUAGUAAAGUUGGAAAUUAUGCAUUUGGUGCUGUUGUAGCUGUAUUAACAAUUGUUUUAUUGAUAUUAUUAUCACUUGGUUUUGGUGUUGUCUAUCAAAUACGACGUCGACGUCUUACUGAUCUUGAUAUGGAACAACCUGUUGAAAAUCCUUUAAAUGCAAUUAUUGAAGAACGUUUACAAAAUAAAUAA